AUGAAUACUCUGACUACUAAUUCUCUUGUUUCACCAGCUGAAGUAAAAGAUAUUACGAUUAGAACAAUCAAACAAAUGAAAGAAUAUUUAGCUGAAGAAGAAAGAAAGAAAGAAGAAGCAACUGCAAACAACAGUAUUUAUGUCCCAGCUGAAUCUCCUUUCUUCUUUGCCGUUCGUAUCAGAAGUGCAAACAAAGCAUCUCCAGAUAUCAUUUCAGCUCUUAAAACUCUUCGUUUACAUCGUAUUAACACUGGUACCUUCGUAGUUAACAACAAGUCUUCUAAAUCUACUCUUCAUUUAGUCCGAUCUUACAUUGCUUUUGGAACUUUAUCUCUUGAGUGUAUUAGAAACCUGUUAUACACUAGAGGAUUCUGUCGACAUAAUGGCCAGAGGAAGAAUAUUACAAGUAAGACUCUUAUGGCUAGAUUUGGAGGAGAGAUUAAUACGGUAGAAGAGAUAGUUUCAGCUUUAUUCUUAGGUCGGACUAAUGCUUCGGCUAUUAACAAGUGGCUUUGGCCCUUCCAUUUGAACUCACCUCGGAAAGGUUUUGGAGGUCGUAAGAUUAAGGACUUUGCUGAAGGGGGAAGUACUGGAGAUCAUGGCCGGUACUUAACUGAUCUCAUUCAACGCAUGCUUUAA